CGUCACGUGUCUCACCUUCCAUUUUCAGCACAGAUCAUCUCUACAGCGCAUGCGUUGUUGUCUUCCCCAGCGCCUUACCGGGCUUGGUUUGCUGCGAUUGUUUCGGGGCAGCGUUUCUUCGAGAGGUUAAGGAAUUUGUGGAAUAAUUUCGUUAUGGCCAGGUACCUUCGGCCUCCAAACACUUCGCUCUUUAUCAGAAAUAUAUCUGAUGAAUCCAGGUCUGAGGAUUUACGUCGUGAGUUUGGUCGUUAUGGACCAAUAGUAGAUGUCUACAUUCCGGUUGACUACCAUACUCGCCGAGCAAGAGGAUUUGCAUACAUUCAGUUUGAAGAUGUGCGAGAUGCUGAGGAUGCACUUCACAACCUGGACAGGAAGUGGGUCUGUGGCCGUCAAAUUGAGAUCCAGUUUGCUCAGGGGGAUCGGAAAACACCAGGACAAAUGAAGACCAAAGAAAGGAGAUCCCCGCGGAGUUUUUCUCGUGAUGAUUGUGACAGAGACAGACGCAGGCGUUCCCGUAGCAGGGGUUAUGAACGGAGAAGGUCCAGGAGUCGUUCUUGUGAACGAAGGCCAAGGAGGUCUGAAAGUCCCAGAGACUACAAUAGCAGAUCCUAUGGAAAACACAGACGAAGCAGAAGCCCUGAAAAUGACAGGUACAGACGGCACAAUCACUCUUACAGCCGGUCAAAUUCUAGAUCUAAAUCUCAUUCCAGAUCAAGAUUGAAAGCCAAGAAGGACUCCAGGGCUAGAUCACAUUCAAGAUCAAAGUCCCACACCCCUCCCGGAGAGGGCUUUCACCUGGCACCAAAAUCCCGGUCAAGAUCUAAAUCUCAGAAGGAUUCCGGAUUGAGAUCGCCAUCAGGAUCUCGAUCCAGAUCUCGGUCUAGAUCGCGUUCCAGAUCCAGGUCAUGGGCUGGUCGGAAAUCUGGUGGCCAUUAGACCUCUUUCCUCAAUAAUGGCUUGCAUAAUGUAUGGUUUUGUGUUUUUAUUUGUUUGGGUUUUUUUUUUAAUUGAUGCAAGUAGUAUAAAAUGCUUUUGACAUCAUGCACCAGAUUGCCCCAUAUAGAUCAGUUGCAGCAGUAUUUUUUUUUUUUACUUGUUUUAGUCUGAGGUAUUGCUUUUCAUGUUUCAGCAUCCAGAGAAGUGGGGCAACUAACAAAGUUGCAGUAUAAAACUUUUCAGCUCCCACAAAUCUAAAGCACACAUAUACGGCAUGCUACACUAAAGUAUUAUAGUGAUCAACUUUGUUUUAUAAAUAUUUCUACUUUUGUGUAAAUAUAACUCAGAAUAUUCUUAGAGGCCUCUUGGAUUGGUGUUUUCCAUGGGUCAUCUAAAGUAUUUUGCAGUUUUACCUAGUUUCUUUUUUAUUCUUGCUAUUCCAUCUGGUCCAUAAACAACUGGGAUUAGUGUUUUCCAGUGAAAGUAAAAUCCCUCCCCCUCCCAAAAAAGUAAUUGUCCCCACCUUGGUAUUCCUGAAAUGGUAAUCCUUAAAUUACUUGUUUUGUUUUUGUGGUUAAGAGUCUUUGUAUAUGGACCUCGUAAAAACAGUUUGGAAGUUUUAAUGUGAAUUUGAUAAUAAAAUACCACACUCUGUGCUGAAACCAUAAAUAACUGCUGGUCCUAGAUGAAUAACUCAAUCUCCAACUGGCAGUACGAAGAUUCAAUCGCAACAUAAAGAAAGUAUGCUGUAUGACAUGGUAAAAUAAGUAUUUUUAAAGCAGCUGGAUACUAAUUUUGAUAACCUGUAUAAAGUGAAAGUGUAUUUUGUUUUGGUUUUUGCUAAAACUCAGAAUGCAUACAUGCACAUUUUAUGUUCUUUCUAAAAGGUUUGUAAAUACCUGUGGUAGAAGUCUCAAGUUUAAGGAAACUGUUAAGAUUUUGUAGUAACUACAUUCUGUAAAGGUCUGCUUGGCAGUGGUUUAUAUGCAUGCUUCCUCUUGUCUGGUGUUGUCUUUAUGAAUUUCUACUGUUUUGGUUUAAAGGUGUUUGGGGGAAAAAAAAAAUGUUCUGAAGCAUCAUGUAAUUGAAACACUGGUGUAUUCUGUCACAUUACAUAAAAAAUUCAAAGUCUUGCAUAGGUAUUGAAGUUCAUUCUAAAUAGUGAGGGGAGAAAGAAUAAGAAUAAGUAGUAUAGUUAUGCAGGGGCUACACAGAUGUUUGCUCUCUGGUUUUACAGACCCAGAUUAGAAUUAGUCUUGGACUACCUUAAGGUAAUAUUAAGGUGUCCAAUAUUGGCCCUUAUCAUGGUUUGUGAAACUAGCAGAAAUAGUCUGAAUAUUUUUAACUUUUUCAUCUUCUAAAGCGUCGAAGCCAGUAGUUGACAAUUUUUGUUUGUGGCUUCAUAUCCAAGUAAAAAUCAAUUUAUUUUGUUGUGGCUUUAGUUUGACAACCAAAGAUUGUCAGAAACUGGUUGUCCAGUGCGAUUUGUUUGUAAAUGCUGUUAAGUGUCUUGGUACUGGUCAUAUUAUCACUUCCAGUAUUCCAAGAUUUACUUUUGAAUCUAAUAAAAUAUGGUGAUGACA